AUGUCUACCGCAGAUAUCUCGCCUGAGAUACAGCACAUUUUCCAAACCUACUCAGGGGGUCUUAAGUCUCUCGGCUUUCUCUUCGCUACACUCACUCUCGCGAUAUACAUAUUACGACAAUGGGCUCUCCCAAAACCCAUCCCUGGCAUCCCACAUCGCGCAGACGCCAUCAGCUCCAUCCUCGGUGAUUUUAUGACCCUAGGCAAAUACAUCGCAUCGGGUGAUGUCACAUUCUUUGACUGGCUCACAUUACAAGCCAAAGAGCUCGAUUCGCCGAUUUUCCAGAUUUUCACGCGGCCUCUAGGGCGGCCUAUAGUGGUGGUGAAUGACUUCCGAGAGUCGCAGGACAUUCUGAUGCGGCGGGGGAAGGAGUUCGACAGGUCAUUCAUCGCAAUUGAUAUAUUUAAGGGAAUUGUGCCGAACCACCACAUUGUGCAGAAAACAAACGCCACUUGGAAAGGCCACAGACGCCUUCUGCAGGAUCUGAUGAGCCCAGGCUUCUUGGAGGGUGUGGCCGCGCCAGUUAUCUACCACCACGUAUCGAAUCUCGUCCGACUUUGGGAAAUCAAGACCGACGUUGCACGGGGCAGGCCCUUUACAGCCUCCGGCGAUAUCUACAACACGGCACUUGACGCUGUCCAUGGCUUUGCGUACGGCAAGGGUUUCGAGCACCAUGCUAUCAAGCAGACCCUCGAAUUUUAUGAGCGUCUAGAGCCUAAGACCACCGAAGAGCUCAGAUCCAAGGGCGGCAUCGACGAGCCCAUCGAGUUUCCCAUUCAGGAGACGGAUGAACUCAUUAAGUCCGUGAUCACUAUAACUUCGACAUUCGCAGAGGUCAUGGGUAGCCCUAUCGCAGGUCUGAAAUGGCCUGUCCUGAUGAGGAUGCCCAAGCUGGUGAAGGCCAAAGAGAUCAGAGAUGAGUGUAUCCGCAAGGAGAUUGAAAAGGCAGUUAAAAGAAGUCAGAAUCGUCCAGAUGGCAGCAUAGUGCGCUCCGCAGUGGACAACAUGGUCUAUAGAGAAACAGUAUUGGCCGAGAAAGAAGGCCGGGCAUCUGAUUUCUUUUCUACUAUUAUGUUUGAUGAGAUUUUCGGCUUCGUCAUCGCUGGCCACGAUACUACGUCAACAACAUUCUCCUGGGGCGUGAAGUUCCUAGCAGACAACCCUAAGGUCCAAACGCGCCUUCGAUCAGCCUUACAAGCGCACUUCUCAUUGGCGAAGUCCGAGAAGCGUGCACCCACCGUGGAGGAAAUUAUCUCUGCUCGUAUUCCCUACUUAGAGGCUACUGAGGAAGAGAUACUUCGCUGCGCACCUACUGUUCAAAGCGUGGACAGAGAAGCAGUAGUGGACACAGUGAUCCUUGGUCAUAAGGUCCCCAAAGGCACUCUUGUCAUGAUGCCUUCUGGUGGUGCUAGUCUGCGAUCGCCUGGAUUCGACAUCGACGAGGCCAGUCGCCAUAGCAGCAGCCAGGAUGCCAAAAAGUCAGGCAAGGCGCGGCCAGACUGGGACCCUAUGGAUAUCGGGGCCUUCAAGCCCGAACGAUGGCUGGUGAACGAUGGCAAGGACUUCGAUGCUGCCUCUGGACCACAAUUGGCGUUUUCAUUGGGCACAAGAGGCUGUUUCGGGAAGAGGCUUGCAUAUCUCCAGAUGCGGAUGUUGGUCACGCUUAUAGUGUGGAACUUUAAACUGUCAAGGUGCCCGGAUCAGUUGUCCAGUUACGGACACAAGAUGACGCUCACAACCGAGCCGACCCAGUGUUUUGUGAAGUUGAGCAAGGUCGAGCUUUGA